AUGGCAGAAUAUCUUUCGAGCUCCGCGAAGCUGCCAGGCCAGAAUCGCAGCUGCCCUGAUUCGCUGGACUUUAAAUUAAAGGAAACGUCAUCCGGCAUACAAACAUCUGUCGAUGGGCAGGCAUUUAUCCCCUCGUCCAGGCGUCCAGAUGGAACAACCAGGAAGGAGAUCAAAGUGCGACCAGGCUACAAACCACCAGAGGAUGUAGAAACUUACAAGAGCCGCACCACGGAGCACAGGCGACAGAAUGCAAACCGUAUACCUGGUGUUGAUGAUGACGACCAGAAAAUACCACGAGUGGACGAGACAAAGAACAGGAAUGCAAAGCGCCGCGAAGCUGCUAGAAAGAAGAAAGAUGACGACUCUGGACAAGAUGUCGGCGGCCUGCAGACCGCUGCCCCGACCUCUGAUACCAAGAAUCAAACUGCUGACUUAGAUACUACUUCUGCUACAGUCGAUAUUCAGUUACCAGCAAUCGACCAGGAUCAAGAACGACAGAAGAAGAUUCGCAACAACUUGAAAAAGCUCAGAGCUGUGCACGAACUCAAGACCAAGAAGGCAACCGGAGAGAAGCUUUCGACAGAUCAAAUGAUGAAGAUCUCCAAGGAGCAAGAGAUUGUGCGGGAUCUUCUGAAACUUGAUUACAGCGGUGAAGAGCUCGAGAAUCUAUCUGCAGCUGUUCAGACCACCUCGCUCUCCGGUUGA